UCCUUAAACACUGCAACAGCAGCCUUUUUUUCUUCCUCUCAACUACUAGCUUCCCUCUUUUUCAUAUUUGCUAUUAUACUAUAGCUUCAGCCCAGCUUGUGUCCCAUCUAACAGUGGUUUAAAGGAUAUCAUUUAUUCACAAUGAAUUCCAUUCUGCCUGAGGACGUUAGGAACCUGCUAACAGACCUGGAAAUCUUUGUAUUGGAUAUUUUAAAGGGGGAGAAUUUGUCAAAGAAAGCCAAGGAUAAGAAAGAUCUACUGAUAAAGAAAAUUAAAGACCUCAAACAAAACUAUCCAAAUGAAUUUCAAGAAAAAAGUGAAGCAGAAGAUUUGGAAGACAAUGAUGGGAUAUCACAGCCUCAUGAUACAGUGUCGCUUGCUUCUGACCGCGAUAAGGAUGACGAGUUGCCAUCUGACGGAAACAUUUAUCCUCCCACUGCUGCCCAGGAUCUCCAAAGGGUUUCAAAGGCUGGGUAUCUUGAAAAACGAAGAAAAGGUCAUAGCGUUUUUGGAUCUGAAUGGCAGAAGCGCUGGUGUGCAAUGAGUAACUUUAUCUUUUACUACUAUGGAAGUGAUAAAGACAAACAGCAGAAAGGUGAAUUUUCCUUAGAUGGGUACAGAGCCAGAAUGAAUAAUACUCUACGGAAGGAUGCAAAGAAAGAUUGCUGUUUUGAAAUCUUUGCUCCUGAUAAACGCAUCUAUCAGUUUACAGCUUCAACGGCAAAAGAAGCAGAAGAAUGGGUUAAUGCAGUCUUAUUCCUUAAUGACAGUGAAGGCGAUGAGCUAUAUGACGACGUGAAACAGGAUAAUUCUCCAAAUACAUCAUUUGAGAUUCAUCCAGAUAAACAUGACGGUGAAGACAUUUAUGAAGAACUUCCAGAAGAAGCCAACAAUCCUACGAAUGCGGCUGAGCCAGAGCCACCAAAAGCAAAACCGAUUUCCCCACCAAUCAAUGCUUUAGGAAAAGAAGACAAUGAUUAUGCCAAUUACUACAGAGGUCUAUGGGACUGCACAGGAGACCACACUGAUGAAUUAUCAUUUAAACAUGGUGAUGUCAUAUACAUUAUUAGCAAGGAGUACAAUAGAUAUGGCUGGUGGGUUGGAGAAAUGAAGGGAACCAUUGGCUUAGUGCCUAAAGCAUACAUAAUGGAGAUGUAUGAUAUUUGAGAAGCUCGGGUUUUGUAUUCAGGCCGAAGCACCAGAAAAUGUAAACAAGUUGCGUUACAAUAAUAUUGUGUGGAGUAGUGCAGUCCCUUCUACUGCUAUACGCUGGUUUUGUUUUUUUAAAGAGAUGUUAUACAUAAAAUACAAUACAUACACAUUAAUGUCUCUGUUUUAUUAAACAAGGAAUUUAUAUAUUACAUAUUUUAGAAUAUGAUGAUUGCUGUGUAUCUAUGGAAAAUAAUAUGAAUUAAAAUGCAUUUAAUUUGUAUCAUUAAUAUAAUAAUAGUAUUAAUAAAUCUGAUCAAGACUGAUAUGUUAA